AUGGCAGCAUGCAGAUCGCUCGCGAGGCAAUGCGCUCUCCAGCUGCGCCCUUCGCUCCGUUCCUUGGCCCGUCCGACGCGCCAGUGCUUUGCAUCUGGUAAAACGCCGCUUCGCAGGGCGUAUGCAACCUCCGUCGCCGCCGCGGACCUUCAAUUCGGCCAGCCCUUGCACGAGACACACCCCCACCUCCUCAGUCCCGGUGAACUCACCCCCGGCAUUACCGCUCUCGAAUAUGCCCAGCGUCGGUCACGACUUGCCAACAAGCUUCCCAAGGGAGCUGUCGCCGUACUUGCAGCAGCGGAGGUGAACUACCGGGCUUCGGGGAUCUUCCACGAAUAUAGACAAGAAACAAAUUUCUUUUACUUGACAGGCUUCAACGAACCGAAUGCUCUGGCAGUGAUCGCAAACGAUGGAUCCGGCGACAACCAUAUCUUCCACCUCUAUGUGCGCGAAAAGGAUCCCAAGGCGGAGCUUUGGGAUGGGGCUCGGUCUGGCACCCAAGCUGCGGUGGAUGUUUUCAAUGCAGAUGAGACAGGAAAUAUCGAACAAAUUGGGGAGAUCUUGCCCAAAAUCAUCGCUGGCGCUACCGAAGUCUACUCCGACAUUCCCGCAUUCAAUGGAUCGAGGUCUUCGCUCCACCGAUACCUUUACGGCCCUACUGUCGCAUCGGAGAAAUUGAAGAAGAUUGUUGACCAUCGGAAAGUCAAACCAUUGAAGCCGCUGCUCAAUGAAAUGCGGGUUUUCAAGAGCGAGAAUGAGGUUGUACAUUUGCGUCUCCUUGGUCAGGCAUCCGGAAGAGCAUUCACCGAUUCGAUGCGCAAGACCUUUGAGACCGAGAAGGAGUUGUCCUCGUUCCUCGAGUACCAGUUUAAGGUCAAUGGCUGUGAUGGCAGCGCUUUCGUUCCCGUUGUGGCGGGUGGAAAACACGCCUUGAGCAUUCACUACACAAGGAACGAUGAUAUUCUGCGGGACGGAGAUUUGGUUCUGGUGGACGGCGGUGGUGAGCACGGAAGCUACAUCUCGGAUAUUACUCGUACCUGGCCCGUGAAUGGCAAAUUCACUGACCCCCAGCGGGAUCUGUACAACGCCGUCCUCAAUGUGCACCGGACUUGUCUGUCUCUGUGCCGCGAGAGCUCCAAACUCUCUCUAGACAAGCUGCACGGUGUCGCCGAGAAUGGGUUGAGGGAUCAGCUUAAGCAGCUUGGAUUUGAUCUUUCUGGAAACGCCAUGAGCGUCUUGUUCCCUCACCACCUGGGUCAUUAUAUUGGCCUGGAUGUACAUGACUGCCCUGGAUAUUCCCGAGGAUAUGAUCUCAAGGCAAGCAACUGUAUUACUAUCGAACCUGGAAUCUACGUACCGGAUGAUGAACGGUGGCCCGCGCAUUUCCGGGGCAUUGGCAUUCGAAUCGAAGAUAGCGUGUGCGUGGGGGACGAUCAUCCCAUUGUUUUGACUCCCGAGGCCGUCAAAGAGAUUCCCGAUAUUGAGGCUCUGCGAAGUUAA